CAGCAGCGACCAUAACAGCCCAACGUAUCACCCAAUCGAAUAAUCCAACCUACACAAAUGCAUACAACACAGAGGCGAGUAUAUGCCACAAUGAAGACAACAAUACUGAGCACCUUCAUUCUGCUGACUGGUGUACGUAUGGCCUCCUCAGUCCAUAGAGUCCAUGGCACCGUGGGUGGGACAGCUGUUUUCAGAUGUCCGUAUUCCGCUGACUACAAUGAGAACCAGAAGUACCUGUGUAGGGGAGCCUGUUCCCUCUACGACAAAGACGUCCCAGUGCAAACCACGGUAGCUGGCCAAUCCCGGGCCCAGGAUGGGAGGUUCUAUCUCCACGACGACACCGCUUCUGGCAUCUUCACUGUCACCAUCACUGCACUGACUGCAAAGGAUGCUGGGAAGUAUUGGUGUGGAGUUAGAAAAUGGUCGCUGGAUUUGUACACUGAGCUGUGGCUUGAUGUUGGCACAGCAUCUGCCAUUACCCAGAGUCCUGACCUGGUCACCAGAGAUGGGAUAUCACUUAAAUCCACAUCAGCAGCCGCUGUAGCGUGUGCAGUGGUCGGGGUGAUGGCAGCUCUGCUGGUCUUGUUGGGGGUUCUGAUUCACCUAAAAAGAAGACACAAGGGUUCAGAAGGGAUGACAGGUCUGCUGUUCCCUGACUUAAAUGCAUUCUCCAGCUUCAACACAGAUGGGACACCAUCUAUUUUGGGCAUGGACCAUAGGAGCACAGAAGUGCACCCAAGACCCAUCUCUGUCCCCAACCCCAGCCACACCCACUAUCAGCAUCUUCAGCCCACCAGACAAAUCAGCAUCUCCACCAUCUGGUCAACCCCUCCCCCCUCCACCGAACUGACCAAUAGCAAUCAGUUUAGGAGUGUUCCGGUACGUCGGUACACGCACUUACCCAAGACUGAUCUGAGCCAAAGGAACAGCGGUGUGUUUGUUCCGCGGAGCCACAGCAUGCCCCUCCCCUUCACUGGAUCGACAGAUCAGAACCCUUAUGUUGGCCCAGUGUAUCAGAGUAUUGGCCUGCCCUCGGGUGCAGCAACCAAUGGGAACCCAGUGUAUCAGAGUAUUGGCCCUCCCUCAGCUGCAGCAAUCAAUGAGAACUCAAACUCUCCUGAGGGUGUGUACCAGAGUGUAAGUUUGACUUCAACUCACAGCCCGCCUGUAAUAAAUGCAGUGUAUCAGAGCAUCGAACCACCUGUUUUUGAUCCAGUUUGCCAGUGCCCGCCCUCAAAUAGACUGACCAAUCAUAACUCACACUUUGCUGAUGAUGUAAUUUACCAGUGCCCGCCCUCAAAUGAACUGACCAAUCAGGACUCACAUGUUGCUGAUGAUGUCGUUUACCAAAGUCCGCCCUCAAAUGAACUGAUCAAUGGCAACAGCACCCAGCGCAUGUUUGAUUCUGUUUACCAAAGCAUGGCACCGGUGGCAGUGGACAGCAACAGAAGCAGUCGACAUAAAGGGUCGUCUUAUGUCGAAGACGUGAAUGCGGAUGAGUACAUGACUAUGCAGAACUACAGAGUGUCAUCUGAAAUUUGA